CAGUUAAGUAAAAAAUCUUAAAAUUGUUUGGUAAGGUAUUGUUAGGAACCAAAAAUGUUUUUCAUUUAUUUAUUUGAAACUGUGACAGAUACAACUAGCUGUAACUACAAAUCUUUUAUAUUUGAAAGUUGAUUUAAAUUUUGCGCAUACUGUUUCAGUACUUUGAAAUUAUGUAUUUCUUUCUUAUGUAUUACUUAAUUCUUUCUUGUGGUGUUGCCGACUACCUAUGUCAUGAAGGUGUUGAAAGUGGUUUGAAAGAUAUGUAUAAAAAAAUAUUCUUGGCAGCUGAAAACCGGUCAAAGAGAUAAUAAACCAUGCUAGGCAUUCACCGUGUUCAUCUUAGUAUAAUAUAUGUUGACAGUGUUAAUAUUCGAGAACUUUAAUCUACGAUGGAAAGUGGGAAAUACACUUGGAUCUUUGAAAAUUUAGAACAUUUUCGCACCUAUGUACAAGAAUAUUUUAAUCACUUACCAAACAUCAAACCAAGGCUGGUAGCAGUCAGCAAAACUAAACCCAAAGAGUUGAUCUUUGCUGCAUACGAUUAUGGUCAGAGACAUUUUGGAGAAAACUAUAUUCAAGAAUUAGUAGAAAAAAGUAAUGAUCCAGAGGUGUUAGAAAAGUGUAAAGAUAUAAAAUGGCACUUCAUUGGAAAUCUACAAAGUAACAAGAUAAAGAAAAUAGUUGCUGUUCCUGGAAUAUUUGUAGUAGAAACAGUGGACACAGAGAAGCUCGCUACUAUGCUAGAUAAUGCAUGGUCUAAACAGGAGAAACCCAACAAGGAAAAACUGAAUGUGAUGGUUCAAAUAAAUACCAGUGGAGAGGAAGCCAAGAAUGGUGCUGAGCCUGCCAAAGCUGUCCCUCUUUCCAAACACGUUGUGGAAAAUUGUCCCAAUCUGCAGUUGAUGGGGCUUAUGACUAUUGGAAGGCUUGACCAUGACUUAACUAAAGGGCCCAACCCAGAUUUCCAGGUUCUGCUUCAAUGUCGGGAAGAUGUUUGUAAGGCUCUCAACAAGAGGCCAGAAGACUUGGAGCUAUCUAUGGGAAUGUCGAAUGAUUUUGAACAUGCUAUUGAAGUUGGAAGCACAAAUGUUCGAGUUGGAUCCUCGAUAUUUGGAGCCAGAGAAUACAAGAAACCUGCAACUAAACCUGAAGAUUCUGUUACUGAACACUUGGCACAAACUAGUAUCAGUUAAUAGACACAAUCUAUUUUGGACUUUGAAAUAUUCCACUCAAGCAUCUAUAUUAUGGAAAACAUAUAUUUACUGACUACUGGUAUUAUAGAAAAACAAGAUUGUAGAAAUCUAAGCUACAUACUUUGUCGAAGGAAAUAAGUUGGUCAGUUAAUUUUGAGUACAGUAAAUCUUGUCAUAUCUGGCCUGGUGAUUGACAAAAAACGUUUUAUAACUGUAAGCUCUGCGAUCAAGUAUUUGAGGGUGUAACAAAAGGAUCGGUCUUUGUUUGUCCUCUUGAUGACCUUACCUAUUGAAAUUUUCAAAACAAUGAUUCAAUGAUUUUUGAAACUGUGAUAUCUUGCACCAGCUUUUGAAUGUACUUUGAGAGAUGUUGUAGUAAUGAGGUAAUAGUUUUUUGAACAAGUUAAAAGCUGAAUGAUAAAUACUGUACUUUAUUGAAUGUUUAUAGUUUCUAAAAUAAAUUUAUAUCUAUGUCCUUUUUAA